CGCACGCUUUGAGCCUACCGGAGGUGGCGCUACUCUCUGGCUCGGUGCCUCUGGCAGAACCGUGCGGACAACCGUCAGACACCGGACUCCAGCUACGCUAAGAGGGUUCCACGCAUCCUUGUUUAACUCGCCUAGCCGCAAGCCGUGAGUCCUAGAGGGGAUAAUAAUUGUUUUAAUUCUCGCUGAGGACUAGAGUGCAAUAAUCCAAGGAUUCGGGAGGGGAUUGCACAAGCAAAGCGCCUCUUGGCAUUGACGACAGCGCGACCAAAGUUGGAAGCCAACAUUUUGAUAAUCUCCGCCUUAGGCCAGCGAAGGAGGAUCGAGAUUAAAUCAACAAGCCCCGAAGUGUACAUGACUACUAGAGACGAGAGAAGAACGAUUGUUUUGCAGUCAUUGAAACACAGCUUGCAAUAGCCUGAGUGGCAGUUUGCCUUGUCCCACGGAGGCAGGAGAAAGCACCCCUAAAGUAGAAAACAAGACACGGGAAUUGCUGCGCCUCGCAGGGCUCCCUCUGACUAGGGUACCCUUGCGAAGUGCAAGCCGAGCAGCACCAGCGCAAGGUUGCUCCGGUUCCCGUACCCGCGUCCUUAUGUGGUGCCUGGAGAGGCUCCGCUUUGGUCCUGAGCGCAGGCAAGGGAUUCUUCAAGGUCGGGCGCACCAAGUCCCGGCCCUCACUCCCGCCGCGUGUGCAAACGUGCUCACCCCGGACCGCAUCCCCGAGUUCUGCAUCCCCCCACGACUCGCGUCCUGCACGGCCCUGGCUGCACUUCGGGUUUCCUGGAGCGAAGCAGCAGAAAUAGACUACAGCGCGGCGCACACGGACUGGGACCCGCGCUCGCAGGCAGCCCUAUCGCUGCCGCACCUGCCCCGCGCGCUCACCGCCUACGGCUUCUGCGCGCUGCUCGAGAGCCCGCACACCCGCCGCAAGGAGUCGCUCUUCCUCGGGGGCCCUGCAGCCGCCCCGCUCGUGCCCCGGGACUCGGCUCCGGCCUCCGCUCCCGCGCUCCCCGCGCUCCCCGCGGGCCUCCGCCCCACCCCGGACGCGCCCGCCCCGCCGCCCCGCGCCCGCCGCCUCCUGCGCGCCCCCGAACGGCUGCUGACCCGCGCGCUGCGGGCCCGGACGAGCCGAGGCCUGGUCCGCGCCCGCUCCGUGUCCAGCGGGGACGGCGACGAGGACGAGGACGAGGAGCGCGGCGCCGUCUCGGGGCCCCCUUCCCAGGCUCCCUCCGCGUCCCCGCCGCCGCCGCCCUGCCCCGGCCCGCGUCCCGAGCGCCUGGAAGCCGAGGGCACCGUGGCCCUGGGCCGCGCCGGGGGCGCCCUGCGCCUGGCCGCCGAGUACAGUCGGGCCAACGGGCGGCUCCGCGUCCGGCUGCUGGGCACCGAGGGCCUGGCCGCGGGAGCCGCCGACCCCCCCGCCGUCGGCUGCCGCGUCAGCUUCGUCCUGCGGCCGCCGGGCCAGCCGCGCUCGCAGCGCAGCGCCGUGGUCCGACGGAGCCGCAAGGCCGCCUUCCACCAGGACGUGUGCUUGGACGGGCUCUCGGAGGAGCAGGUGCGCCGCCUGGCCGUGCGCGUCAAGGCGGAGCAGCGGGGUCGCGGCCUGGAGCGGGGCCGCCCGCUGGGCCAGGGCGAGCUGCUGCUGGGCUCCCUGCUGCUGCCCUGAGGGCGCCCGGGGCUCAGACCGCCCCCUCGGGGCGCCCUCGGACCGCUGGCAACUCGGACACCGACAGCCGCUU